ACAUGUAAGCUUCGACUUCGUCUCGGUGAAUAUUCACCAAUGUUCACUUCGCCUUUGCCGAAUAAUUGUUAAUUAUCACUGAAAAAAGGCAAGAAUAACUUAAAACACGUUGCAAGCCCUGUUAGAGAAGCUCGAGUCAAAAUGAAACUGUAACUCUGUAGUAGACAUACAAUGAGAAACGAGAUACCGAAGCAGACUCAAUGUGUUAAGCAAUCACAAGCUUUUAAUAGACCCUGUCACAGCGUCUUUCUCAAUUGAAUAUGGCGGGAAUCUAUUUGUCACGUGAACUUGGGUAGAUCAAGUCACGUGCCAAAUAUCCCCAUAUAUAUAUAUAGGGCCGAAAGUUCAAAUGCAGGGUCAAUCGAGACGGCUCAAUGUUUGAUAACUUCCUAGGGCUAAAAUAUAAUCCGUAAUCGCAAAAUCUAAAGGCAUCUAUAGUUAGCUUUGUGUAUCUUUUAUCACUUUCGGAUAAGGGCUAAAUUACCCUCUGCUUUAUGUCAAUAAUUAAUCAGAUUUGACGUCUAAAAAGCUACAUUACAGAAGUUCCGUGAAGUAACACGCAACUGGAAUACAAAGGAAAUACGUAGUUAAAAUGAUGUCUCGGUGACAGACGAGACCACGUAACGAUCUACACACGAAAGGGAAAUUGAAAAACGCGAAAGUGCCUCUGAUCUGAGAGCAGAAUAACACAGCCAGCUGUGAAGAGUGGCGUCAUAGCUUACUUAAUCUUCCGUGUAAUUGCUGUCAAUGCUCUCUCCCCUUUUGUUUGUAAAUCUUACAUUGUUAUGAAGCAAAACGUGACCUUUACGUAGCUAUGAAAGGAGUGACAAUAUGUCAAAGUGGGUUGUUAUCAUUGUUACUCUUAGAGGUUAACUGUAUUUGAAAUUUAACAGAUCCCAGCUUGCGUGAAUUCCAUCACCGGUCAAUUAAUGUCAAGGUCGGUCACGAUCCAGUCUUAACUCCAUUAAUCGUUGCGCGGGCUCAUAGGACAUCAUAAAAACCCCGCCAAAGUGCGCGCGAAUUUUAGUUAGGAACGUUUCGUGUACGCACGGCUCGCAAAGUUUGUCGUGAAAAUGAUUGCAACUCGUUCCUUGAGCACUUUGCUUGGAAUCUUCAUGGCUUGGAGUGUUUUUAGUGAAGGAUUCAAGUUAGCGCAAGCCGGGAAAAAUGAGCACUUGAAAAUACAUCACCAUAUGACAAAGAGGGAAAUACAAAAGUACUUUGGAGUAGACACACACGAACAAGUUCCAGAAUAUGACGUCACAAGCCCAUUCCAAGCAGAUGAAUCUGGCAACUUUCUCAGUUACAAGCUUCACAAGCAUGCGCGACGCAAGAGAGACGCUGACGAACCUAAUGUGUGGUACUACCACGUGGAGGCAUUUGGGAUGUCACUUCAUUUAAACCUCACCAAAAGCACUAACGUCUUAGCACCCGGUAUGGUAGUACAGACCGUCAAUACGAAUGGAAGUACAGAAUAUAGUAAACCACCACAUACCGCCUUGUAUGAUGGACACGUGACCUCGGAUCCCAAUUCAAAGGUUGCUAUUGGCAAUCACGAUGGUUUGAAAGGGAUGAUUAACUACAUGGGAAGCUCUUUUUUCAUGCAACCACUGGCCGCCCAUCUCGCAAAGCAGCAUGGACUAUCUGGUGGUUCUCGACCACAUCUUAUUUACCGGCGCUCUUUGGACGACGUUAGAAACGAAUGUCAGCUUUCAGAAACACGAUCUAAACGGAGCUCUCCAAUGGAAAAAGAAGCAAGAAAAAGCCUCCCUCGGGAAGUGAGAUCCGCCCCACAUAAACACCUAGAGGCCAUGUUGGUUGCUGACCACCUGUACCUGCAAAAGUUUCAAAACGACAAAGAAGCCACUGACCUACUCUUAACACUGGCACACAUAGUAAACUCUUUGUACCAUGACGAAAGUGUUGGGAAUAUUAAACUGACAAUAUCAGUCGUGAGGAUAGCUUUGCUUCAUUCCAGUCUCAGUUAUACAGACAAAGACGACAACGGAAAAAGGCUGCAUGCCGUUGUAGCCUGGGCAGAGGGCGAUAUGCCACCAUCCGACGCUGAUCCUCAGCAUGCUGACCAAGUCAUGCUUAUUACAGGGAGUACUACUGGAGGUCUGGCCAUAGUCGGCUCCACAUGCAGCGGGGUUGGUGCCAGUGUAAGCAAUGGUGAUCUGGGACUAGGAUCGGCCUUCAUUCUAGCUCAUGAGAGUGCGCAUGCACUUGGUGUAGGUCACGAUAGCGAUUCAAAGCCAAAUUGUCCGGACGGACGUUUCAUCAUGGCCGUAGCAGCACCAGGUGGAAAAGAUGCUUUCAGAUGGUCUCCCUGUAGUAAAGCUGAUAUACAAGGGUUCCUCAGCGGCUCGUCCUCCUCCUGCCUUGAUGACAAUCCUGAUUCACCUAUUACAAUCUCAAAUGCCAAUCACUUUAAGCUCCCCGGUCAGGUGUACGAUGGCGAUGCACAAUGCGCACUACAGUAUGGCGCUGAGUACAAACUUUGCACCAAGAAACAGUUUGAAUGUGGAUCUCUAUACUGCACUAAAAACGGCUAUGAAUGCAAAAGCAACGUUGUUCCUCCAGCAGAUGGUACAAAAUGUGGAGAGAGGAUGUGGUGUAUUAAAGGAGAAUGUGUCGAUGAUGGAUCGCCAAUGAUUGACGGGGGAUGGAGUGACUGGUCAGACUACGGAAAGUGUUCAUAUUCCUGUGGGGGUGGUGUACAGUACAAAACACGAACCUGCACUAAUCCGUCAAAACACUGCGAGAUAAGAACUGACGACAGAUCCCUUUUNACGCUCAUUGACACUGCAGCGUUGAUAUCUUAUCAGUGUGUCCUAUUUGUUAUUGCAGGUAGAGAUCCAUGCGAACUACUCUGCAAGGUUAAGAGCACUUUAUAUCCAAAAGGAGAUGUGAUAGAUGGAACCCGAUGCAGUUUGGAUAAAAGCAAUAAGGAUGUUUGUAUAGAAGGGAAGUGUAGGCCUGUUGGUUGUGACAAUGUCUUGGAAUCUGGUGUAAAGGAAGACCGCUGUAAAGUAUGCAACGGAGACAGCACAACCUGCAAAAUCGUCAUGGGCAGAAUCCUAAGGCCGUGUGACGACACUUGUACAAUUCUUGACGUCCCCAUCGGUGCUACCAAUGUGACAGUUUUUGAAGAAGUGGAAGACUGGAAUUUUCUGGGUGUUAAAGAUGAAGCAGGAAAAAAUGUUUAUCCUGUGGGAUACACAUGGAGCACAACUCGAGAAGCUGCGGGAACCAAAGUCUAUUACACUCAUGAGAAAAACGAGGACGCUGAUAAAGUUUACAUUCCGGGCCCGACCAACGAACAUCUUUAUGUUUACUACCUUAAAUUUGUGGCCAAACAACCUGUAGAUUAUUCGCUUAAUGAGCCUGUUGGUGACGAGCUCCAUCCUACGGCGGGCUCCUCCAUGUGGCAAGUAUCUGAAUGGAGUGCUUGUUCACACGCAUGCGCAGGAGGAAUCAAAACGCGGAAGGUGGAAUGCGUGUUGAAAGAGGACUUGUCGUACUUAAAUGACGCCGUUUGUGCAAAAAUCUCCGCAAAGCCUGCAACACAACAAAAUUGUAAUACUCAAAGUUGUGCCCCAGCUUGGUAUGUCUCUGGCUGGCGUCCAUGUUCAAGAACCUGUGGAAAAGGUGUCCAAACACGCCAGGUUGUAUGCCGCCAAGAAGUGUCCAGAGGAAAAUACAAAACGGUAUCCGACUCAAAGUGCAGCGGAGCAAAACCGACUGAUCCCAAAUCACAAGACUGCAACAAGAUAGACUGUCCAGCGGAGUAUGUUCCAGGAGCUUGGUCAAAGUGUUCCACUACAUGUGAGAAGGGCACCAGAACGAGGACAAAAUCGUGUCAGCAGUUGAAGGAGACUAGUGUGUUCCAGUCUGUUCCGGACGUCAUGUGUGCCACCGCAAUUGUUCCACCUCAAAAAGAAGCCUGCAAUCAGGAUGCACUUUGCCCAGGUAAUCGUCAGUAUGUGCCAUUGGGAUGUUACCGAGACAAAUCAGAGAAUAAAGCUCUUCCAAUACAAGUCAAAAAUUUUAGAGGCAAGGGAAUCAACUGGAACGACAUGUCCCAGACCAUAAAGAAAUGUGCCAUUGCCACAGCCGAGAAAGAUCCCAAACUGUAUGUGUUUGCUCUACAGUUCUACGGAGAAUGCUACUCUGGUUACAAUGGUCUACAAACAUACUCCAAGUACGGCAAGAUGCCAUACAGUGAUGACAAUGACAAAUACUGUUGGUCGGGAGUAGGGAAAGCUGGCUUCAACUUUGUGUACAAGUUUGAGAACUAAAAUGGAUGAGUUGCAAAGGAACACUGCCCCGGACAGAGAUGCAUAGGAACAGGCACAGUAGAAAAAAAUAAUAAUAAUGCACAAAAAAUGUUAUCAUGUAACGUAUACUAAAAGAUAACUUAACUUUUAACUGUAAUUACAACUACUUUCCUUCGUUUGCAAAAUAAUACGGUGACCUUGUAUUAGACUUAAACCUGAGUGAUACAUUAAACAUUUUAAACCAGCAAGA